AUGAACAUCCAGAGCUACAUCUUACCCCUGAUCGUACACCUCGAUACAGCGGCCAAGAUGGCGGCGCACAGCCAGCUGUCUCUUCGAUCCUGUGCUUCUCUAGUCUUCUGGACUGCACUGGCUCUUGUUCAGGUUCCCCUUGCUUUGUGUGGUUCUGUCCACAUUCACGAUGCUUCGCCACGAGCUGCCUUUGUCUCGCUGGUCUCGGAGCAGCAAAAGGAGCAGAUGGUAGCCUCUGUUGCUCAGCUCGAGCAGCGAUUCAACCACAAGUACCGCUACGACUGGGUAUUCUUCAGCCAUGAGGAGCUUAGCGAAGAGUUCAAGGACGCUACCUCCAACGCUACUGCCUCGACUGUCACCUAUAACCUGAUCCCCCAGCAGCAUUGGACUAUCCCGAGCUCUGUUGACCCCGGUCGCUUCGAGGCUGGUCUGACCAAGUUCCUCUGUGAUAUUACAGUCGAUGUCUUCCGUCUCAUGCGAGACCGCGGAAUUGCCUAUGGAGUCAAUGAGGUUUCUUUCGAGGGUGCCGCUGACUCUGAGCUCCUCUGGAAGAGUACCAAGUCCUUCAUGGAUACGCAUCCCGACAUGGUUCGACCCACUGCCGAUAUCACCUGGAUCCUAGGCAACAGUGCCAAAGCCAACAAGCCUACUCGUUCAUCAGACUACUAUGUGGAUGAGGCUGACGAUAUGGAGAGCUUCGACCUGGGCUUGGAGUACGAGGGCUGCAGGGCCAUCGGACAGGGAACUGAGUGUGACAUGCCCCCCGGUGUUUUCCUUAAAGCUGAUCCUCAGCAGUGCGAGCCAAACACUGUUGCCGAUGCCUUUACCACUCGGCUUGCUGCGAGCUACGACCAGUGUGACAUGGACACCCCUAUUGAGAUUGGCAACCUCAACCACUUCCGCGGACCUGAGCACCGCUCCUACUUUGACUAUCUCGACAAUGCCGGCGAGUUUUACUACGGAAACACCAGCAACGUUCCUGUCCACUCUCUGAGUGCCAGCAUGUUCCUCCCACGCGACAAGUUCUGGCUCCUCGGUGACAUGGUUUGCGAGAUGCAUGGCCUCCACAGCUGCCCCCCGAUGCCUCACCCGACCUACAACUCCAACCUGCAGACCAAGACUAGUCCCAACUAUCUGGCCGAUGUAGUAGAAGCUUCUUGGUUUGGCGCCUAUAAGGACAACCAAGUCUUGCUCAUCCACCUCGUCUGGGAGAGAAUGGCGUCCGAUAUGGCCCGCCAGAGAGGUAUCCCAGCAGCCCAGCUCGGACACACUGCCCUCGAUGAGCGUAACUUCAAGCUCUACAAGCCCGAGAGAUACCCAGUCGAUGUCACGCUGACUUGGUACUCGCUGGAGGAUAGCUGGCGUUCCUGGUCUUGCGAUCGCCUCAAGUGGUUCCUUGGGGUGUUGGGAUGGUAA